AUGACGGUUCAUAAUCUGUACAUAUUUGACCGGAAUGGGAGCUGCUUGUUUUAUAAUGAAUGGAACCGGAAGAAGCAGGCGGGGAUCUCUAAGGAUGAGGAGUUCAAGCUGAUGUACGGGAUGCUGUUCUCCAUUAGGUCUUUCGUCAGCAAGAUGUCUCCUCAGGACAUGAAGGACGGCUUCCUGUCCUUCCAGACCAGUAAGUACCGCCUCCAUUACUACGAGACGGCCAGCGGCCUGAAGUUUGUCAUGAACACGGAUCUGUCAGUGAGCAACGCCAGGGACACGCUGCAGCACAUCUACAGCAACCUCUAUGUGGACCUGGUGGUGAAGAACCCGCUGGUUCCGUCCUGCCAGCCUCUGGACAGCGAGCUGUUCGGAACCAGACUGGACUCCUUCAUCCGCUCCCUGCCGUAUUACAGCCCACGCGCCGCCUGACCGGUUCUGGUUCUGACCCGACUCCUGACCCGCUUCUCAUCCUGCCGUAUUACAGCCCACGCGCCGCCUGACUGGUUCUGACCCAACUCCUGAACCGCUUCUCAUCCUGCCGUACUACAGCCCGCCUGACCGGUUCUGGUUCUGACCCGACUCCUGACCCACUUCUCUCUGUCCUUCAGAACCAGAAUCGCUCCAACAUCAGAACAGUCUGGAUCUGGACCAGAACACUGGAUGGAGCAGAACCGGGUCAGCAGAACCGGGUCGGGCUUGCUGUAUUUAUUGAGUUGUUCUGUGUUUAAUAAAGUGAAGUUUGACCGGUC